GAUGCCAUCCCCACUGAACCCAGUACUUUCACCAGCCAUAUUAGCUCCCACUCACCCCCUGUCGUGGAAGCCUCGGCCGUCACACCUGCAGGGCCGGGGUGUGCAUGGCCUCAGGGAUGGCCUGUUCAGCUGCUGGGUGACUCAGGUCCAGGUGCCUCACCACCUGCUGAGCUCUGUGAGAUUUCUGGACACUUCUGCUCAUUGCCUUUGGGCUCAGUGAAGAGUCUGGAGUUUAUCUGGAGUGAGGUGGCCGGGUCUUGGUGGGAUCUGAGCAGGACAGCGUCUAGCUCCUUCCCUCAGCUCGUGGCCCUUAGGAUCUGCGUCACACACACCCCAGCUCUCCCGAUGGGUCUCUGCACUCGCUGUUGCCUCUGCCUGGAACAGUCUCCCUCCUGGUGUCAUCGUCUCCAUGGUGUGUCCUUCCUGACUUUCCACCUCCACCAGUCUGUUCCCCUUGGGGACAGGAACUGGUCACUCAUGUUCAUCCGGCAGGCUGGAUGCUUCGUGGAGGGCUCCAAAGCUGGCAGACCCCGGGGCCUCCUCUGUCUCUCCCAGGCCCUGCGUGUUGCGGUGAGAGGAGCAUUUGUUUCUCUGUGGUUUGCUGCCGGAGCUGGUGACUGGGAGAGAAACAAGGGAGACAAGGGUGUCCAGACAGGUGCGGGGCUCAGCCAGGAGGCAGAAGACACGGACGUGUCCCGGGCCAGGAGGGUCACAGAUGCACCACCAGGUACUCUGUGUGGCACUGGGAACAGGAAUUCUGGGAGUCAGUCUGCAAGGGCGAUGGGCAUUGCUCACCUGGGAGAAGCCUUUAGGGUGGGCGUUGAGCAGGCCAUUAGCUCGUGCCCGGAGGAGGUGCAUGGGCGGCAUGGGCUCUCCACGGAAAUUACGUGGGUGCGCAUGGAUGUGGCUCUGUGCUCACCUGGGUGAGGAUUUCUGGCCGGUGCCAGGGCACUCUGCAUGACCCUGGCAGAAUUGAGCUGCCCUGACUGUGAAAGGGGAAGAAGAGCAUGCCUGACCCCCCACCGGCACCCCACCCCUCACUGCUCCACCUGGGGCCUGCCUCUGGGGGUGGCUGGAUCCUGGCUGACUGUUGCGACUGUUGAGGCCCUGGGGGGGUGGGGCAUGGGAGUUAGAAGGACUGGCCAGGUGGGGCCCACUAUGCACCCACCCCCAGUGUCAGGAGCUUCCGCUCUCCUCCUCCACCUCCUCCUCCUCCUGCUCAUCAUCAUCCUCACUUGUUGAGGACGUCCUGUGUGCCAAGUGGUUUAUAUGCCCAGCCUCAUUUAAUCCUCAGAAUGACUCCAUGAGGUAGCUACUAAAACCCCCCACUUAACAGAUGAGGCAACUGAGGCCCAGAGAAGCUCAACAAGUUGCCUAAGGUCCAAGUUUCCUCUCCCAACUCUCCUACCCUCUCCUCUUCCUUCUCCUUUCUCCCAUUCUUCCCUGCCUCUUCCCUAACUAGACAAUUUUUUAUUGAGUGUCUCCCAGGUGCAGGCAUGAGCCAGGUGCUGGGAAGAUCACGAUGACCCAGCUCCUUCUGGUCCUUUUCUUAGCUGGUUAGAGGCUGGGAGGACAUGCAAGUUCAGCUCCAGCCGACUGGGGCAUUGGUGGUAGCCCCUGGAGACAUUGUGCAAUGGAGCUACGAGGCUGAAUCUGGCUCCAGGGAAGCGUGUUGCAAUCCAUGAGUGAUGUCUGCCAUGCGCACAGGCGUGGAGAGUGAGGCACCUGUGCUGUCUUCUUGUAGACCCUAGACUGGUGGGGCCUCUGAAAUGCAUCCAGACACUGUGCUGGGUGUGUUGCAUGGCCCUCCCAACGAAUUCAGUAUUUUUCUCCCCAUUUUCCAGGGAGAAAUCUAAGGUGUCAGAAUGUAAGGUUCUCAUUGGAACCCAGGCUCUAGGGUCCCUGGUUUUCUGUGACAUCAUGCUGCAGGACCCUGUUUCUCUCUUUGCUUUGGCUGCUGGGGAGCUCAGAAGGAAGCUUUAGGCUCGCUCUCAGCCACCACAUUAGCUCAGGAGUUUGGGCAUUUUUGUUGCCAGCUCCUUUGGGCUCUUUCUCCUCCCUGCUGUGCUUCCCAAGGAGCAGGCCGGAUGUAAGUUAUCAACUAUAAAUAAA